CUCCUUCUCUACUGCGAUUACAACGAUCCGCCAUUGACGAACGACGGCGCCACCGUCGAACCGAAUGAAACGAAUCAACUGAAGAAGAGAUGAUCCGGUCGAUUCUGGAAUCGCCCGCCCGCCGAUCCUUCGGAAGGAUCCCGAGGCGAAUCGCCGGUCAGAGGUCCUUGUAUCUUUCUUCAAGAAGGGAAUUUUCAACUGCUUCUCCACAAAAUGCAUCAACUGGGAAACCAGGAAAGGCACCUGAGUCUGGAAGUUCGUUACCGAAGUUCAUUUUGGGAGGUGUUGCCGUCAGCGCUGCUUUCAUGGCAGCUUAUCAAUCUGGCUACUUAGAUCAGAUGCUUGGUAAAGAGAAGCAUGAUUCUCUCGAGACCUCUAGGAUUGGUCUUGAUUUUAAAAAUCAGGAUGCAAGUUCUCAAGAUGCAAAAUCCGUCCAUCAUUUCAAAGAGGAAGAAGUUUUAACGGGUAGUGAAGUGCCUAAAGAUUUGAGUCCUCAAAUGGGUGAUGGGGGGAAGGAUGAAAUUCAGCCAGUUGCUCCUCAAUCUGAUGCUUUAAAUGAGACUAAGAUUGAUAUUGAGUCUUCCUCACAAGAUAAAUCUGAAGUCACGCUUGGAGAAAGUAACACAUUGAACCAACAUAAAGACUUGCCCACAGGUGAUGCAGUUUCUAAUGUUGAAAGCACAGAUUCUGCAAUAUCAUCUGAAGGCAGUCCUGAUACACAAGGCCCAACGAUUAGCAUAAGUAAGCUACCAGAUGAAGAAGUUAAAGUUGGGGAAUUAUCCGACCAGGCUACUUUAGUAACCAACCUUGAUGAGGCAAAAGUAAUGCCUCAUCAGGAUCUUGUAGCAGAAGAGAGACAGGAGGAUGCAUCUGGUCAUUUUAUUGAAACACCGGUUUCUCUUCUUGAAUCAUAUCAUCUUGAGGAUAAAUCCGAAGGGAGACCUCCCUCUUCUCUUGAUAGAGACAUUGACAUUGAGGCUUUUGCUAGUGCAAUUGAGGAGUCAAAUGAUGGUGCAGCUACCAAAGAUGGAAAACUGAUUCUUGAUUUCUUACAAGCAAUUCAUGCAGCUGAAAAGAGACAAGCUGAGUUAGAUGCUCAUCAAUUUGCUGAAGAAAAGAGAAAAAUGAAGGAGAAGCACGAGAAGGAAUUGAAAGAUGCAAUUGCUAGAGACCUUAUGCAUGCAGAAGAGGCUGCAUUACUAGAUAAGGAACUGAAAAGAGAGAGGGCAAAAGCAGCAGCUGCUUUGGCAGCUCUUCAGCAGAAGUUGGAAGAGACACACAGAUUGGAAGUAGAGCUAAAGGAGAGUGAAGCAGAAAUGAAACUGAAAAAAGCGGAGGAAUUGGCAAAAGCAGAAAUGGUUUCUGCAAUUGCACGUGAGAAGGCUGCUCAGAUUGAGAAAAUGGCAGAAGCGAAUCUCCAUAUAAAUGCUUUAUGCAUGGCAUUUUAUGCUCGAUCUGAAGAGGCUCGGCAGAGUCAUUCUGUUCAUAAGCUCGCUUUGGGAGCACUCGCGCUGGAAGAUGCUCUUUCCAAAGGGCUGCCUAUUAAGGCAGAAAUAGAAGCUUUGCAAACCUAUCUUGACGGUAUAGACAAAGAUUCAGUUUUGGAUUUGGUCUUAUCAUCUCUUCCAGAAGAAACAGUUUUCCAUGGCACUGAUACUGUACUGCAAUUGAACCAUCAGUUUGAUACAUUAAAAGGGACGCUCCGACACUUCAGCUUUAUUCCACCUGGAGGUGGUGGCAUCUUGGCUCAUUCUUUAGCACGGGUUGCUUCAUGGUUGAAGGUCAAAGAAGGUGGCCGUUCUGAUGAUGGGAUCGAAUCCAUCAUUAGUAGAGUAGAGAGCUUCUUGGCAGAAGGGAAACUUGCCGAAGCAGCAGAUGCUCUUGAGGAAGGUCUACAAGGAAGCCAAGCAGCCGAGAUAGUCCGUGUGUGGGUCAAGCAGGCAAGGAAUAGGGCAAUUGCCGAGCAAGCCCUAACUCUGCUUCAGUCAUUUGCCACUUCAGUUAGCCUCACUUAAACUGCAAUAACCCAAUCUCACUUGAGGCAUGUCCCAUAAUAUCUGCAGACCCCAUAAAGAUACAUCGCGGGAAAUUGAGCAAUGUCCUGAAAUAGGACUGAGUGGAUUUUUUAACACCAUAACUUUGGCUACUGAACCUGAACAAAUCUGUUCAGUGUGGCAAGCCAUUUUCGUUAUUCCGUCUUAACAAGGAAUUGCUCUGAGGUUGUCCUACUUCGACUGUCUGUAGUCUUUUUGAAUAAGAAAAUCUUCUCACAAAUUUGGAUAGAAGUUCUUUUUCCCCAAGGAUCAGCUUACCUUUUCAGGCUGAUGGUGUAUUGAGGAUGAGGACGCUUGUCCUUGCGAACCCUUGAUUCCCUGAAGUUGAUGAGAACGUGUUCAACGGAACGGAAACUCAUAUGUUCCUUGGCGGUUGGCAGACGGAGUCCUGUAUCUGUACAUUGAUUUUGUGCAGCCAGUCUGUUAUAUUCCAAUGUGAAACUGAAUAAGACCCACUAAGCUUUUGGUCUGGAAAUCAUUCUGUCCUCUUUCCAACGUAUUCCUUCGUCUUGCAUUCAUUUCUUUCCAAGCCCCUAUUUGAUAAUUUCUUUCAUCUAGUCAUUGUUCUGUAAUGGCCAUCGAUUAAUACAGCGAUGUAAUCGUAAUUGGCAUGUACUGAAUGAGUGAAAUUGGCGAGUCAAGUUUCUAGUG